UAGACUUCGAAUCACAAUCGUUCUUUUGAAUCAUAUUAUUAGACAUAAAGAGAGAUUUUAGAAUAGACCAUACAUUUAAUCCGAUACACUUGUUAGAUCAGACAAACCUACAUCUCAUCGCAUCAUUCGUUAGCAAUCCUCGACAUCAUGCCUUUCAACACGAAACUCACCCAGGCCUUGGGUAUCGAAUUACCUAUUGUCCAAGGUGGUAUGCAAUGGGUGGGAUAUGCGGAGUUAGCAAGCGCCGUGAGCAAUGCCGGAGGGUUGGGUAUCCUCACAGCUUUAACGCAACCCACUCCAGAAGAUCUACGCAAGGAGAUCCGAAGAUGUAGGGAAAUGACGAAGAAGCCAUUUGGUGUAAAUAUCACACUGUUACCUUCGAUUAAUCCCCGGAGUAAGUUUCCGCAGAUCUCAAUCUCAUCUCAUGUUGAUUCGCCGUUUGCUCCGUGUCUUUACGGUGCAUACGCACAAGUCACUAUCGAUGAGGGAAUUAAAGUUGUCGAGACAGCAGGAAACAGUCCCGGCCCUGUCAUAAAGAUGUUGAAGGCUGCUGGAAUAAUCAUUCUACACAAAUGUACGACCAUCAGACAUGCAGAGAGUGCAGUGAAGCUUGGGGUUGAUUUUCUGAGCAUCGAUGGUUUCGAAUGUGCUGGGCAUGUUGGUGAAACUGAUAUCACGAACUUCAUCCUCCUAAGCAGAGCUAGACAAUCGCUAAAAGUUCCCUUCAUCGCGUCUGGUGGAUUUGCCGAUGGCCAAGGUCUUGCGGCUGCGCUUUCGCUCGGUGCUGAAGGUAUCAAUAUGGGAACACGAUUCAUGUGUACCGUCGAGGCACCAAUACACGAGAACAUCAAGAAAGAGAUUGUCAAGGCUUCUGAAGUUGAUACUCAGCUCGUUCUUCGAAGAUGGAAGAACACAUCUCGCUUGUAUAAAAACAAGGUUACUGCACAGGCAGUAAAGAUUGAACAAGAGAGCAAGACUGGAGAGUUUGCGGAGGUUGCUCCUUACGUGAGCGGUAAGAGAGGUAGAGAAGUCUUUACCACUGGAGAUCCCGACUACGGAGUUUGGACCGCAGGCCAAGUAAUUGGUCUCAUUCACGACAUCCCAACGUGCGAGGUACUUUGUAAGAGAAUCGAGAAGGAGGCCGUGGAGACAUUGAACAAAGCUUCAUCUCUCUUUCAACCAACAAGCAAGCUCUGAUUGUAUAGUGUCUUCAUGUAUGUAUUUUACCAUAAUGAUUGUUUUGAUACCCUUGACAUCUGGUUUCCCUAUAAUAUGUGAAAGGCAAAUUACUUAUGCUACUUAUGGAGAGGUGCUUGGGCUGUGAUACCUGCUUGAUCGGCCAAAAUAUGUACUCACAGUCUGGUUGGCAUCCAGCCCGACUAAGCAACUGACAAAGUAAUUUGAAGAUAAUAUUUUUCCUC